GCGCGGGAGGGUACACCUGGCUGCUGCAGACCACCUGCGGGCCGACUGCGGCAAACCAGCUUCCACCCUGGGCCUGUCUGUGGCGCCUUCUUUCCUACCAGCUCCCCGCGGUUUGUCUCCAUGUCCGCAAGUUUCCUCUUCCUCUCUGUUCAUCUCUCCAGCUUUGUGCAGGUCAUCUCCUGUCCCCGUGAGCUCCGGAAAGCGCCUCGCGUGGAGCCGGGGUCCCGCGCAGAGGUCAUGGAAGAAGUGACAUCGUGCUCCUUGAACAGCCCUCUGUUCCAGCAAGAAGACAAGGAAGGGAUUACCUACCGGAUCCCAGCCCUGCUCUACGUUCCCCCCAAACAUACCUUCCUGGCCUUUGCAGAGAAGCGCUCCACAAGCAGGGAUGAAGAUGCUCUCUACCUGGUGCUGAGGCGAGGGUUGAGGACUGGGCACUCAGUACAGUGGGGACCCCUGGAGCCAUUGAUGAAAGCCACAUUACCUGGACAUCGGACAAUGAACCCCUGUCCUGUGUGGGAGCAGAGAAGUGGCUCUGUAUACCUGUUUUUCAUCUGUGUGCAGGACCAUGUCACUGAAUGUCGACAGAUUGUGUCAGGCGAGAAUGCUGCCCGCCUCUGCUUCAUCUAUAGUAAAGAUUCUGGCUGCUCGUGGAGUGAGGUGAGGGACUUGACCGAGGAAGUCAUUGGACCGGAGGUGAAGCACUGGGCCACAUUUGCUGUGGGCCCAGGUCAUGGCAUCCAGCUGCAGUCAGGGAGGCUGGUUAUCCCUGCAUAUGCCUACUAUUUCUCACACCGAUUCUGUUGCUUUCCACUACCAUGUUGCACCAAGCCUCAUUCCCUGAUGAUCUACAGUGAUGACUUAGGGGCCACAUGGCAUCGUGGCAAGCUCAUUAGGCCCCUGGUAACAGGAGAGUGCCAAGUGGCAGAGGUGACGGGAAAGACUGGUUGCCCUGUGCUCUACUGCAGUGCCCGGACACCAAACAGAUGCCGGGCAGAGGCUCUCAGCACUGAUCUUGGUGAAUAUUUUCAGACACAGGCCCUAAACUCAGGGCUUUGUGAGCCUCCCCAUGGCUGCCAAGGCAGUGUAGUGAGUUUCCAGCCUUUGGAGAUCCCACAUAGACACCAGGACCCUAGUGGCAAAGAUGUUUCCACUACUGAGGAGAGGCUACUGUGGGAUAGUUUACCAAAGCUGAAGGAAGGAGCUGGAAUACUGUCAGAACCAUGGCUCUUAUACUCACACCCAACCAGUAAGAAAAAGAGAGUCAACCUAGGUAUCUACCUCAACAAGAAUCCUAUGGAGACUGCUGACUGGUCCCACCCCUGGAUCUUGCACAGUGGGCCCUGUGGCUACUCUGAUCUGGCUGCUGUGGAGGAGCAAGGCUUGUUUGGGUGUUUGUUUGAAUGUGGUAUUGAGCAGGAAUGUGAGCAGAUUGCCUUUCGCCUGUUUACAGACCGAGAGGUCCUGAACCACACACAGGAGCAGUAGAAACCUGAGCCAAUUCAAGCCUGAAUAGUUGACUGAGGACCCAACUUUCCAUAGAUGGUAAUGGCAACUAUAGCCAGGAUGACAGAGGUUACUGACAUCUACAGUUAAUAUCCUUAUUUUUUUUUUACAUCUCCAAAGAGCAAAAUGAAAAUUUUUCCAUAGAUACUGCAGCAGAAAGAUUAAUGAACUCGGAGUUAGGAAACCAUGAUAUGGUCUUGGCUUUGCCACUGGCCUGCCUUAGGACCUUGGACGUGUUACCUGAACUCUCUGGGCCUCAGGUUCCAUUUGUAAAAUGAGAAGAUUGGUCUAUGAUUUCUCAUCUUCCCAUUACUGCAUGCUCCAUGAUCAGGAAGUCCUGGCUGCAUAAAGGACUGAUCUCAGAAUGGAAGUCAGAGGACUCCCUUCAAAUAGACUCACUCUUCAUCCAAGUGUGAGGUUACAUGCAGGUGUUGUGGCAAGAAGAGAGAUCUGGAUUGUUUGUUCCAUUUUUGAUAACAAAAAUACUCGUCUUUCUAAUCACGCUCAGAGCUCUGCCAGCUCUCUACCCUAGAAGAACUGAGUGAGGCAGCAGAAUCAUGAGGUCACCAUGCUUCACAGCUCUGCUUAACCUUCCCUUCCUCAUCCAGGAAACAUCAUUUCCUAAGGAGAAAAAUGAGAAUCUCAGUGCCAGUCAUCCUUGAUAAUGGUGCUUAUUGCUUUUGGUGUCAUUAUCUCCAUGAAACAUGAGCCCGAAAUUCAUUUAUCAGAAUACUUCCUGAUGGGAAAGGCCAUGGAUUAGUACUUUGAAACAUUGGACAAGCUGGCCAUCGUGGUUCUUGCCUGUAGUCCCAAUUACGUGGGAGACCGAGGCAGGAAGACUUCUUGAGCCAGGAGUUCAAGGUCAGCCUGAGCAACGUAGUGAGACCUCAAAUAAGUCGGACUGGAGGAGUGGCUCAAGUGGUAGAGUGCCUGCCUAGCAAGUGUGAAGCCCUGAGUUCAAACCCCAGUACUGACACAUUAAAUCAUAAAUAAAUAAAUAAAUAAGGUAAAAAAACAAAAAUUGAUAAAACUUCCAACAGUGU